AUGUCCCAACCAACGCAACUCCAUUUAUCCAAAGUGAGAAUGUUGUCUCGUGGUGGUAGAUCUAUCAAGAUCACAAAUGUGAAAUCCAUCAGGCCACCAGAUGCUGAGCUGAUGAAGAAGCAGGAGGAGGAGAAAUUGAGGUCUGAGUUACAAAAGGAGAUUGCAUCCCGAUACCGCACCUGUGGGCAUCAGAAGUACGAAUGCCUCCUUCCAGUGUUGGUGGGUCGGGCAUUCUGUGCCCAGCAUAUUUUGGAUGACUGCACAGCGCCGUACCAGCAGUGCGCGCAUAUUAAUUCCCAGGGUAGAAGGUGCCCCGUACCAGCCCCAAAGGUGGAUCAUAGCGUUUGCUUCGAACAUGCCCGCGCAGCCCUAAUCAGUCGUCAGCGGAGUGCUGCACUUCCGCCCCCUGUUACUACGACGGAGACUCUGUUGAACCAAUUGCAACAUUAUAUACGGCCAGAACGUACGCGUACAACAUCGGGCGCCUCCUCCGUGUCUGUGGUUAGCGAUCCAGCUGACAACGAAAUUACAUCGCAUUCUGUCGAUCCGUUUAAGGAAAUAGAAGCGACCGUGGUCAACUCUGCUGUGUCGUCGAACAUAAUGGAAUUCGCCAGCGCAAGUGAAAGUGAUUGCGAUAGUAUCGAACUGAAUGAAGAUAUUACCGAUCUGUUGACUGAUACGGAGGAUGCGCCGUGUGAAGAUCAACCGUUAUGGCGCGCGGGCGUAUUCACAGCUGAAGAAGCGGUGUCGGAGGCGAAGAACGUUUUGAAAUUGUUAAAAGAAGCGUACGUAGGACAAAUGGGGAAAUUGAGGAUUUCCCUACAAAUGGGGAGACUGCAGUAUUUGAGGAACUUAAAGGCUGAGAAGGAAUUGUAUUGCAGUAUAAACACCCAAUCGAAGAGCGGACCCCAGACGGUGCGCGAGAGGAGGCAAAUAAGGAAGUUGAAGGCGUACGCCAGUUAUCACAAGAAAUAUCGAGGGGAAGCCAUUUUGGCGAAGAAACUUCAGAAGAAACGUGCUAAGGUGAACGAGAUACCCACGAAUCGGGGUAAUCCACAACAAGGCAGGUGUUCGUUUACAGAGGGCGGGGUUCGAUGCUUGACACAUACACUUCCCGCGACGAAGCACUGUCUCAAGCACAUACUACACGACCGGCAGCAGGUGGGUGACGGACAUUUGUGUCUGUGUGGUUAUUUGGACACAGAAAUGUGUCCUAUGUGUGACAUAAUUCUAAAUGCACUAACAAAUAUAUACAGUAAUCCCUUCUAUAAUACGGUAGAUUGGUUCAAAACGCGUUGUAGGAGGAGUGUGACCCCACAUAACGCGGUAUGUACAAAUAAUUAA